CAAAUCUCUACCUUGCUGCCCUGCAUCUGCUCUACCCCAAGGUGUCUUGCUGUGGGCCUGUUCCCUGUACCUGCUGCAGCCAUUCCAGGUGGCCUCAUCUCACAGAGUCCACUUGUAGCCGCCUACUCUACAUAAUCCUCCAUGUAGGGGCCUCAGCACUCUGCUGCCUUCUGCUGUCAAGAACAGUAGUGGAGAGGGUCUGGGGCAAGGCGCACAGGCUCCAGAUGCCUUCGGGAUUGUGUGGCCUUCUGUUUGGCCACUCUCACUGCCCAGUGCUCAGUGGCUCAGGAGCUGUGUAUAGAAUUUGUGCAGGAACUGCCACCUUCCACCUGCUGCAGGCUGUGCUGCUGGUCCACCUCCAGUCCCCUACCAGCCUUCGGGCACAGCUGCAUAAUAGCUUCUGGCUCCUCAAGCUGCUGUUCCUGCUAGGUCUCUGUGCUGUUGCCUUCUGCAUCCCUGAUGAGCAUCUCUUCCCAGCCUGGCAUUAUAUUGGCAUCUGUGGAGGCUUCACAUUCAUCCUGCUGCAACUGGUACUUAUUACAGCCUUUGCCCAUUCCUGGAAUAAGAACUGAGCAACCCCAAUCUGGCCUUCUACAAGCCUCUAUCAUCAGCUGUUAUAUCCUGUACCUGACCUUCUCAGCACUGUCGAGCCGACCUCCAGAGCAUGUUAUCCUUCAAGGACAAAAUCACACUCUGUGCCUGCCUGGCCUGAGUAAAAUGGAACCCCAAACACCAGAUACUUCUUUGGCAGUGUUCAGUGCUGGCAUCAUGUAUGCUUGUGUGCUUUUUGCUUGCAAUGAAGCUUCCUACCUGGCUGAGGUAUUUGGGCCCUUGUGGAUCAUCAAGGUUUACAGCUAUGAGUUCCAGAAGCCCUCACUCUGUUUCUGUUGCCCUGAAACAGUGGAGCCAGAGGAAGGGCAAUGUGGAGGAGCAGCUAGGCCAGCUGACCAAGAGACCUCUCCAACUCCUCCAGUGCAAGCCCAGCAUCUUUCCUACAGCUAUUCUGCAUUCCACUUCGUCUUCUUCCUUGCAUCACUCUAUGUCAUGGUUACUCUUACCAACUGGUUCAGCUAUGAGGGAGCAGAACUGGAAAAGACCUUCACCAAAGGCAGCUGGGCGACCUUCUGGGUCAAGGUUGCCUCAUGCUGGGCCUGUGUACUCCUCUAUCUGGGGCUGUUACUGGCACCACUCUGUUGGUCCCCUACUCAGGACCCCAAGCCUCCUCCUAUCUUCAGGCGACAUUGUCAUCGUAUCAGUAUCGUCAGAUAACAAAUAUCCAGUCUAGGUACUUUUAACACAACUGGGGUUCCCUCGAGGUUGUGCCCCUAGUCUUGGUUCAUAGGAGCUAUACAGCCAGCAAAUACUUCAAGGACACAAUGAGCAGUUACCUCAUUUAGGCCGAAGUCAAUACUAUGUCUGAAUUGGAAAAGGUGGCCAUAUAUACCCUAAUGCCCUGGGCAAGCAUCUGACUCACUAGCACUACCAUUACAUCUUCACCUAAACUCAAGAGUCUAAUUCCCAAGUCAGCAGCUCAGGAACCACUACUGAUCCCAGCAGACAGUGUGACACCAGCCCUUUGCAGGCUCUCAUAGUGGAGAUGGGGGGCAGGGAAAGACCAACAGGGACUGAAGACUUACUUGGCUCUGCCCUUGGAGAUAAAAAGAAAUAAGCAGUUCGGCUCUGGGCACAGGGAUAUAAGAAGCCCAGAACCCCAGAACAAACCAGGACACAGGAAGAAAGGAACACAAAGACUACCCCAGGUUUUAAUCCUGAUUUUGAAGUCAAAGGAAGUGGGAAGACAAAAACCACCUUCAUUACAUGAGGAAUGAAUGAAGAAAAUGUUAACACUUGAAAGCAGCUGACCCUGGGAAUUCAGUGAGCAGCAGGAUUUCGGGGCCAACUUUCAAGUAGGCAAACAAACUGAGGAAGAAUAAGGAAGAGGGGCAUGGCAUAACUUGGGUCUUGGAGCCUUCCUCCUUUGGCCCUCAACUCCAUCCUUGGGAUGGUGUUAAGGUCUGGGUAGGGGACAAAAAUCACAGAAAAGAAGUUCCUAUGGUUAUUAGAGGAUUCCUCUAUCACAUACCCAGAGUACUUGUCUGCUUGUUGAAGUAUAAUAAAGGAUUUUUCUGUGAUGUUUCA